AGCUUUUGUUUUCGUUAGUCAGCUGACGCAGUGCAUAUAUGUUUGAGGGAUUGCUGAGCCCAACAAAAAACAAUUUAAGUAAUUUUCAGCUGUCUCUUUUAUGGUAUUAUAACCUCUGGUUAUGUCGAGUGCACUAGUGAUUAAUGUAUACAUGUAAGUCAAUUUGCGUCUGUUACUGUCACGUUUCGCAACUGGAUUAGCUGGUAGUUAACGAGCAUCAGUAUUCUAUAUCAUUUUUAGUGGAGCUAGGUAAUUCUACGUAACUAUGUCUGGACCGAAUGGAGAUCCGACAAUACCAAUUGAUGAAGGCAUCAUCGACAAUGAAGAUGAAUUCAGCGAAGAAGAGUAUGCAGCCAUCAACACUAUGUUGGAUCAGAUUAACUCCUGCCUGGAUGACCUGGAGGAACGCAAUGACUCUCUGAAUGGAAAACUACAUGAAUUGUUGGAGUCUAACCGGCAGGCCAGACAGGAGUUUAAAGUUCAGCUGAGCAGUGCUAUACCCCCAGGAGUGGAGCAAGCAUCCCCGUACAAAGAUUCUGCAGACACUGAAGAGGAGAAGGGCGCAGAGGGAGAGUGCGAGGACAAAGCCUAACUACUAGAUGUCUUGUCAUACAAGCCAACAACAAUUCCACCCAUGUAUAUGAGCGUCUUUAGUGAUCUUGUGCGGUGUGUCGACACUUAAGUGUGAAUUAUGUCUGUCCUUCUGUCCCCUUGUAGUGCUCAUGAAACCUCCACUGAACACAGUUGGCCGAUGGCCUCUUAUUUGGAGAGGAAGGUCUGGAACAGAACUAAUGGUAUGGUUCAAACACACCAAACACUUGAUUUUUGUGUUUGAUACUUCUCCAUUUCAUAAUUAGAUGUUCUCCGCCACUGAGUCCUACAGUUGUAUUUACGGUCAUGUGAAUAACCUCCCAUUGGGAGGUUGUGUUUUUUAUUUGACAUGUUUAGACAUGUAAAUACUUGAGCUAAAUUCCAACCACAUUCAUUGAUUAGCACAUCCAAUUUAACAAAUCACAAAAACAGUUAACGUUAAAACCAUUUAUAGAAUUAAAAAUUACAAAUCACUGAUGUGAAAACAGUAAGUACACCCCUACCUUAACUGUCACAUAAAAACGGUGACACCAAGGCAUUUAAAGGCCUCUCAUGCCAAUAUCAAUGUCGAAGUGCAUGGGUAAACUGUCACUGACUUCACAAGAUUGGCCUACAUGAAAGGAUAAAGAAUGUUCUCAAUAAACAAAAAGGCACUGCUGAUUUUGCUGGACAAAACCUGAGUGAAGACCAAAACUACUGGGAAAAUGUUCUCUGGAUGAAUGAGUCUGCAAUGCCAGAUGUCAUGUUUGACAAAAGUGAAAGACUGGCUUUGAACAGAAGAACCUUGUACCAAUCGUAAAGCAUUGAGACUAUGACAUUGAGAUUAGGGGCUGCUUUUCUACCUCAGGGUCUGGCCAGCUUGCCAUGGAGUCAAUCGUGAAUUGCAUAUUGUAGCAUAGAAUUCUUGAGGAGAAUGUUAGGCCUUCGUGUCAUAAAGUUGUACUGAACAUGGAUCUUGCAACACGACAAUUACCUUAAACACACAAGCACAGCAACACCAAAAUUAGGGAAUGUCAGAGUCAAAGCCUGAUCUCAGUCCUAUCAAAAUACUGUGCGGGGGCCUUGAAGCGGGCCAUGAAUGCAAGAAAGCCCUAGAACAUGAGAAUUGAAGCAGUACUGUAACGGAAAGGCAGAAAUUCCUCCUAGUCGAUCUAAGAGACAGUUACAAAACCAGCUACAUUGAGUGAUUUCAGCCAAAGGGGACAACACUAGCUAUUGAAGCUAGGGGUGUACUUAUUGUUUUGUAUUAUGAAAAUUCAUCUCUAUUGAUUUUUGAUGAAUGAUUGCAAAGUAUAAUCUUUCAGUGUAAUUUGUUAACUUUGGUUACAUUUAUAUGUCAGUAGUGUUGAUGUUAAGUGCAUAUCCAGUUUCCAAAUAUGUAAGAAAAAUUACUUUGCAAGGGGUUUACUUUUCACAUCACUGUAUACUCUGCUGUUGAAAGAUGGUUUCUGCAAAGGGAAUUCAAUGAGCCAAAAGCAAAACGUUGUUCUGUGUGAUUUAUGCCAACACAACCACCACCAAGUACUAUGCAUAACCUUUUUUUUGGUUAGCUACCUUUACAGUCCUCAGUGGCAACGAUGAAUAAAGAUGAAGGAAUUGAGGCAUACAUUGCAGCACACAACAUAGUUUAAUGGGCCAGUAAAUCUGCAUAAUGUACCUUUUCUUCUUUAGAAAUUGUUGCUGUACUGGAGCUAGAACUGUAAUCAUGUGUACUGUGCAAAUGCCCCCGAUCCUGGAUUGGUCACUAGUUUUUUUUCUCUGACAAAGAAACAUAUUUUCUACUGCAUUUUAGGUUUUAUGUUAAACUUUUUUCUGUUCUCCCUUGGUAGAUAUAAAAAGUAUGUUGAAUGAGUGCAACAUCUGAAUAAUUGAUUAAUUAAAACAGAUGUGUUCUGUUCAAUAAUCACUGAAGCAAUUGUCAAUAUUUUAUUAUAAAUUAAAAUGAUCCCAAUACAGAAAAGAAAAAUCCCCAAAAUACACAAAAACGUCUGCUAAUAGAAAACAACACUUUUGUUCAUCUGUUUGUCAUUGCUCAAUAAAAAUACAUUAAGAAACAGC